GGAGGAGGCGCGUCACGGUCCACCUCCAAUGAAAGUUGCGAUGCUAUUGGCUGGAGGAGGCGCUUCACGGUCUGGCUAAACAGCGGCAGCGGAGCUACUGAGCUAACACACUUUUUAUUCUCAUCAAAGAUCGGGUGACCCCUCACCACCACAGCCUAGUGAACAUGUCGUCGACCUCUCAGAAACACAAGGACUUCGUGGCUGAGCCAAUGGGCGAGAAGAAGGUGACGGCUCUGGCCGGCAUCGGAGACGCGCUCGGCAAGAGGCUGGAGGAUAAGGGCUUUGAUAAGGCGUACGUGGUGCUGGGUCAGUUCCUGGUGCUGAAGAAGGACGAGGAGCUCUUCAGGGACUGGCUGAAAGACACAUGCUCUGCGAAUUCCAAACAGCAAGGUGACUGCUACGGCUGCCUGAGGGAAUGGUGCGACUCCUUCCUAUAGGCCUCUUUCAUCACUCGUCCUUCUCUACCCUUUUUGUUUCUUUUCAUUGGCCUGAAACGUAAGCUUGCUGACUGUUCAGGGACGCACCAACGACAACGACAUACACCAGAUGGUUGUUUGAGACUUUGGCAGUGACCUCCAGGUGGUUGGGUAAUGGGGAAGUAAUCAACACAACCGUAUUGUGGGAAAACAGCGUUUGGUACCGGAGAUGAAAUAGAAACAAGUAGUUUGAACUGUAGCUGACCGACGACACGCUGACCUCAUGAAAACUAAGCUUGUGUGUUCUUGUGUAUAUUAGCAUGUAGGAUCAGCCAGGAUUGUUGAAGUGAUUCUUAUUUUGUGUGGUGUGCAGUCCGCUGGUUUCCUUUUAAAAAAACCUCCAGAUUUACAAAGACUUGUUCGGGCUUCAUAAAAAAAAAACUGACUGAAAAUGUUAGCUUUUACAUUUUAAUUCACUGCGGUUUGUUAGCCCUCUUUCUGGUGCUGCUCCGUUGCCAACUGGUUUUGAUUAAACAGAUUUUUGCCUCACCAUAGUUCUGCUGCUUUUUGUUUUGCAUUAUAUGAAUUUCCAUUUUGCUCAGUUUGACUCGUUUGAAGAAGACAGCUCUACACUUGAAUGUUUGGGAUCUAAAUGAUCUGAAGCUAAUUUCUUGUUUCAUUCAUGAAUCAAUGCCAAGUUAUCAGCAAACAAAAAAUGGUGCGGUUUGAAUCUACAAUAUGAUAUUAUGGGGUGUUUAAUAGUAAAGGGUCACCGUGGUUAUGGUUGUUAAGGCAACCAGGCAGAAACAAUCGAGGGAAGAAGGAACAUUUUGACAAAACCACAUGCUAUAAUAAAUAAGUUUGUCUCAGUCUGGUUAUUAAGGAUCUCCUUAAUUCACAUGGGCAUGGAUUGACGAUGGAACUGCUUAAUGAAGAUGCUGUUAUCCAUUUAACAUUCAAAUAGAAAACAAAACUAUUCUGAACCAUUAUAACUUACUGUUGGAUGUCACUGGGCUUUUCACACAGAAUUGUUGCCGCUUUUUUAUUGAAUUGUCCCAAUUUAAACAAGCUUAAAAAUGUAACCUACUUUUGGAUUGUUUCUGUAAUGAAAAGGCAAUGUUGGACCUUUUGUUAAUGAGACAUUUUAUUUCACAUUUAACCUAGUAGCCAAAGCUGUCCUUAACACACCUUCGGAGCUGUGACGCUAAAGAUGGUGUUGUACGUCCCUCUUAAAGUGCAUAUGUUGUAGAUGUGGCUCAUGAUUAAAAACCAUUGGGCAGAAAGUC